AUGGCAAAAGAAGUAAACAGAGAAGAAUAUGCAAGGUAGAAGCAUCAUAAAGACAAAUAAAAAAAAUUUGCCGUUGAUAAACUUAAAAAUUGUUUUCCAAAAAGUUUAGAUGAUUACAACGAAGCCUUACAAAAAGGGUUGAAAGAUUGUGACUGUUAAAAGGAUCCUGAUCCUAAGAAAGGCAUUGUUCAUAAAGAGGGAUGUCCUCAUAAUGACUAUAUAUCUCAUUAGAAACAAGAGUAAAAACUUUUAAAACAAUAUAUUUACUACAAAACACAAUACAAUUACGAUAGGGACUAUUCUCCUGAAUAUUACUUUGCGAGACAAAUUUAUUAGGAAAAGUAGGCAGAUUAAGUGAAGAUUAAGAUAAAAUAAAAGGUCUUGAAGGGAAAGGAUUUUAAUGAUGAUCAUUUAUAUUGA